UUUUUUAUUAUUAUUAUCAAAUCUGUCUAAUUCAUGGCCCAAUUUCUUCCUCAUGAGCAAGGAAACUCUCAUCAAGAUAUCCAAAGUGGUGGCGUCCAUGAUCCAUGGCCAUCAGGAAUCCAAGGAAACCCCACACAUCUGAACAUUCCACAACCUUCGUCGGAAAUGAUCAUUGCUAUCAUCGCUAUGGAAUGGAUGAUCAUCGCGUUUCUCUUGAGCAUCAACAUUCCAAUCAACGGUGAUGAUGGAAACAAUGUCCUGACCAUUUUAUUCCAUCACCAUCCCAUGUCUUUCAACUUUAUUGUCGUGAUCGGUGUGGUAGCCUUCUACUUCACAUGGAUGUGGAUGAUGAUGAUGAUAGCUGGUAGAUCCCAGACUCGGAUGGCCAGAAUUCUCAUCCUCGUUGUUUUGGUUCUUGGAGUACUGGCCAUUACAGUGAUAUUGAAUGCUCUGAUCCCCAAGUUCAGCUGGAUCGUAUGGAUCUUCUUCGCACUGACCAUCCGGGUCAUGUUGGAUAUGCAAGGGUGUGAGUGGGCCACCCAAUUGACAGUCAAGAUUGGCAAGCCGGUUGAGGAAGGAUGUAAGUGGGCCACUCAAUGGACGACGAACAAGAUUCGUAGCCUUUAUGGUGAUCGUUUCUGUUGUUUACCUAUUCGCCGUCCCAGUGCACUGAAGAAUACUCAGGAUUUUACCCUACCCAAGAUUCCAGCGACAACCAGAGCGGACAAGGAUGCAGUCUCAGAGAAACUACAAUCCCUUCAACUCGCCCUAUUGGGGUAUGCUGCUGAUAACACGUUUCAAUUUUGCAAUUAA